AUGGAAUUGAUAAGUCCUGUGCCACAUGACACAAAUGAUGAGUCCGAGAGAGCUGCAGAACGAGCAAUCGACUCUCAACACCAAGCAGCAACUCGCCUCGCCCUACACGCCCGAGACGCUACUCAAUCUGGUUUGCCACCGCGAUACGAGCUGCUAGGCAAGAGCACAAUCAAUGCGGCAGCGUCUGAAAUCUUCAUCACGGUCUUGAGGGACAUGUUGAAGAGCGAAGAUCUCAGCAGAGGUCGAGUUUCGAGGCGCUCCGAUAACUUCCGAGGGGGCCUCCGUCCGUCGCCGGGACAUUGCCAAGGACGGAGCAGCGGAUGCAAGAUGUGCAAGGUGUGCAAGGUGUGCAAAAUGUGCAAGAUUUCUAAGAUCACCAAAAAUCCAAAGACAAUGCAAUAUCUCAUUGGAAGUGGCCCUCGUCCAGAUGUCCGCUGGGAGCCGCAUCCAACCACCCUGCCAAGUAUCCCAAACGCCGCACUUUGCGUACCCGCACCAAACACACUUCCUCCCCUGCGGCCUGGUGGCGUUCUCGCCAUGGAAUUUCUCAGACAAGAGCAGCCGCCCUGGCUAAUCUCAGGCUUUCCUAAUCAAACAAUGGACCCACGUGCAUGCACCCCGCAGCGAACGAUGUGUUUCCCUUACCCCGCCUGA